AUGGCCAUUCGUCCCUUAAUUCGAAGGGCCCAAACGGUCUUUCGCCGCAUGUCGGCAGACGAUGCGGAGGCAGUACGAACUGUUUCGCUCGAUCAAUCAACGGGCGAAAGCAAAAAGAACCCUGCAGUCGCAGGUGCAGAGACCAACAAUGGCAAUAUCGACCCUGAUUCACAGCUACCGCACGAGGGUGUGCAGACUGGUGUUAGAGAUGUCGAGGCUGUGACAUUGACUUGGUCCAAGACGACGCUGAUUCUAGUAUUCAUGAAUAUCUGGUUUCUUUACUUUGUCAAUGCCUUCCAAUCGUCCGUCUUCAAUAGCUUGAGUGCCUAUGUUUCAAGCUCCUUCCAAUCUCACUCUCUAUCAGGUGUCCCCACCGCUUUGGCGGAUGCUUUCUCGGCUGCUAUCUAUCUCCCUGUCGCCAAAUUGAUGGAUACUUGGGGCCGUGCAGAAGGCUUCCUAUUCAUGACUGUCUGCGCCACGAUCGGUUUGAUACUCUUGGCUGCUUGUAACAGUUUCCCGAUAUACUGCGCUGCAUAUGUCUUCUACUACAUUGGAUUCGGAGGCAUGGAAUACGCUGUGGACGUGAUCACAGCCGACGCAUCCAAGCUCAAGAACCGAGGCUUGGCCUACGCUUUCACUUCUUCUCCCUAUAUCAUUACCGCCUUUGCGGGACCCAAGGUCGCGGACGAGUUCUAUUAUCAGGUCAACUGGCGCUGGGGGUUUGGUUGUUGGGCAAUCGUCUUCCCAAUAGUUGCCGCCCCCUUGUUCUUUAUCCUCAAAUUCAACCUUCGCAAAGCGGAGAAUGAGGGCCAUCUGAUUAGAGAGAAGAGUAACCGGACAGUCAUUCAAAGUAUUUGGUAUUGGGUUUCUGAGUUCGACGUGGUCGGAGUCUUUCUUUUUACUGCUGGUCUGGUUCUUUUCGAGCUACCGUUCGAUAUUGCAAGCGAAGCCCCUAACGGCUGGGCUACCGGCUAUAUCAUUGCAAUGUUGGUUGUUGGUUUCUCGAUGCUCUUCUUCUUUGCUCUAUACGAGAAGUUUGUCGCACCUUCACCCCUCCUCAACUUUAGCUUCCUUACCGAUCGUACUGUCAUCGGUGCUUGCCUCUUAGAUGCUACCUAUCAGCUGUCUUACUACUGUUGGUAUAACUAUUUCCAGUCUUUCUUGCAGGUGGUCUACGGAAUCACUCUUGCCGAAGCUGGUUAUAUCGGUAAUACCUUCGAUGUUGUCUCUGGUGUACUUUUGAUCGGCGUUGGUUUUAUCAUCAGACACACUGGUCGUUUCAAGUGGCUCUUGUACAUCUCAGUGCCGCUUUAUAUCUUUUCACAGGGCUUAAUGAUAUACUUCCGGAAGCCUGGUAUGACGGUCGGCUAUCAAGUCAUGUGUCAAAUCUUCAUUUCUAUCGGCGGCUCAAUUUUCAUCAUCGUGGAGCAGCUUGCAAUCCUAGCUGCUGUGGAUCAUCAGCAUGUCGCUGCCGCUCUGGCACUUCUCAAUGUUGUUGGUACCAUCGGCGACUCUGCAGGCUUGACGAUCUGUACUGCUAUCUGGACCAAUACCUACGAAAAAGCGCUCAAGAUGUACCUCCCUGAGUCGGCCAUGUCUAACCUGGAGAAUAUAUACGAAGAUCUUACAGUACAGACGAGCUACCCUAUGGGAUCUGCCACCAGGUUGGCAAUUCAGAAAGCAUAUGGUUAUGCAGAGGUUAGAAUGCUUUCGGUUGGCUGUGGUGUGAUGGUUCUUGCAGUGGCAUGGACAAUCAUGAUCAGAGAUAUCGAUCUCAAGAAGGUCGCCCAGGUUAAGGGUACAGUUUUCUAA